UUUACAAAAUAAUUUUAAUACACACCAUGUUACGCAAAUAAAACUAAAGAUGUUUGGUACAAAACAGGAUUGUAAAAAAUGGAAUAAGUCGAGAUCAAAUAUUCGGACGAAUAUGGAGUCAGCACGUCUGAUGGUGCGCGGACCGGGAGACGGACGGGGACGCAACACCGUGCCUUUUCAGCGAGUCUCCGUCUGCGGGAUUCAUGUCACUGGGGUACCAUUCGACGAGCUGGUGCGAGCAGCGACCCUCCUGAUAGACGCAUUAAAUCUCCGUCGCAAAUACAUGGAUAUCUCCUACCAAUCGUUCCCCACGGGACUUGCAUAUUAUCUCGACCACCAUGAAGCCCCGCCAAGAGGACCGUACCAUCAGACCUCCAUGACCUUCGGAGGGGCUAUGAUUAAGUUUGAGAAUUCACAAGCUGAGCAGUAUCUACGACUAACGACGUGCUCCUCUGAAGAGCUAUGCCUCCCGCUCCCGGAGAGACCCAGUAUGAGUAUGACCAGCAUGACGAGGUCCGAUACUAACUUGAUGUCUAGGAUUGCCCAAAUUGUCCCAGUAAAGUCAGGGAUACAUCGAGAGUCGUGCGACAGUCAGGAAGAACUCGACCGUAUGUUUAAAACUUCGGAUCCCUGGAGCUGCAACAUACCCCCGGAUUGCCACUACUUGUAUCGUUGGGAGCGUGGUGUGGUGACCAUGUAUCGCAACGAGAAUGACUUGGCCGACCACCAUCCGUUGCCAUACAGGAACAUCAGCUUUGAGAAGUACGUCGAGGAUUUGACGAGACUCUCUGACAUGGUGGCGGAUGGCCCACUGAAAUCGUUCUGCUACCGCCGUCUCAGCUACCUGUCGUCGAAGUACAAAAUGCACGUGUUAUUAAAUGAGUUGCACGAGCUAGCUCUACAAAAAGCUGUGCCCCAUAGAGAUUUUUAUAACGUCAGAAAAGUGGACACCCACAUCCACGCAGCGUCCAGCAUGAACCAGAAGCACUUACUCCGCUUCAUCAAGCGCACGCUCCGCUCGUGCGCCAGCGAGGUGGUGGCCAUGCAGCGCGGCGUGCCAAUGACGUUACGCUCCGUGUUCGAGGAUAUGAAUUUGGAUGCGUAUGAUUUGAAUGUGGAUCUGCUGGAUGUGCACGCGGACCGAAACACAUUUCACCGCUUCGACAAGUUUAACGCGAAAUACAAUCCUGUUGGUGAGAGCAGUCUAAGAGAGGUGUUCCUGAAAACGGAUAAUUACAUGAACGGCACCUAUUUCGCAAGGAUUAUUAAGGAGGUGAUAUGCGAUCUAGAAGAGAACAAGUACACAUACACGGAGCCACGCAUCUCGAUCUAUUGCAAGGGUCGCACUGAGUGGAGCAAGCUGGCGUCGUGGGCGCUGCGCCACAACGUGCACUCGACGCACGUGAGGUGGCUCGUGCAAGUGCCACGGCUGUACGACAUCUACCGCAUCAACAAACUGUUGAAUAACUUCCAAGAGUUCCUGAACAAUCUAUUUGAGCCACUAUUCGAUGUGACCAUCAACCCGGACUCGAAUAUUGAACUGCACAAGUUCCUCACGCACGUGAUUGGAUUCGACAGCGUAGACGAUGAAUCCAAACCCGAGAAUCCAAUCCUGAGCGAGAACAUGCGGCCUCCCGCCGAAUGGAACGACGAGGAGAAUCCGCCCUAUGCGUACUAUCUGUACUAUAUGUACGCUAAUAUGGUCACUUUGAACCAGCUGAGAAAAGAACGCGGCAUGAACACUUUCGUUCUGCGACCUCAUUGUGGCGAAGCUGGACCUCCCUCUCAUCUUAGCGCUGGCUUCUUGCUCUCUGAAAAUAUUUCGCAUGGGCUCAUAUUGAGAAAGGUACCAGCUCUGCAAUACGCAUAUUACCUGGCACAGAUCCACAUCGCGAUGUCCCCCCUCAGUAACAACUCGCUGUUCUUACGCUACCACCGCAACCCGCUGCCGGAGUACUUCGAGCGAGGACUGAAGGUCACAUUGAGUACUGAUGACCCUCUACAGUUUCAUUAUACAAAGGAACCACUGAUAGAAGAGUAUAGCGUGGCAGCUCAAGCGUGGAAGCUGAGCGCGUGCGACAUGUGCGAGAUGGCGCGAAACUCUGUCAUCAUGUCUGGAUUCCCGCAUGAGAUGAAGCAACACUGGCUGGGGCCCCAGUACCAGCGCGAGGGCCCCGAGGGCAACGACAUCACGCGCACCAACGUGCCCGACCUGCGGCUCGCAUACCGUCACGAGACGCUCCUUGACGAACUGGACAAUCUUUUCAAGGGUGUUACGUGAUUAUGAUCGAAAUAAAACAUUUUGCUGCAUUCGAAUCUUUUUA